AUGGCACAUGAGACUCUAAUGAACAACUACUUCAACUCUAACUCGACGUACACAAAAGAGGGUUUUAGAUGUCACUUCCAGAUGAGGCGUCACGUCUUUGAGCGUUUACUUCAUGAUGUCCAACAUGUCAAUCCAUACUUUCGACAGAAGAUGGACAGAGUAGGCCGCCCUGGUUUCUCACCUUAUCAAAAGGUUGCUAUUGCACUCCAAAUGCAAGCCUAUGCCUCCCCAGUUGAUGUGAUAGAUGAUACAUAUGGUAUGUCUGAGUUUACAUACAUUGAUAAUCUUAUUGAAUUCUGUCACACAGUUAUUCAGAUUUAUAAAGAGGAGUACCUCUGUGAACCAAAACAAGUAGAUCUGGAUCAGCUCUUUCGCAAAGUUGAAGACUGUGGCUUUCUGGGCAUGAUCGAGUCAUUAGAUUGCAUGCAUUGGUAG